AUGAUGGAGUACGUCCGCAAGGCCUCAGGAGCCAUCGAAGCCUCUUUGGGGGUCGGAUCCAGCACCGCAUUGGUUCUGACGUUCCUAGUGAUACUCAUCAGCAUCUAUGCGACGCUGCACAUCUUUCAAGUUGUGAGUGGCUCGGGAAUUCGACCGCGGCGUUCCCGAGGAAAUGCAGCGCUACUGUUAGGCCCGUGUGGAUCUGGCAAAACUGCUGUUUUCUUCCGACUCCGAGACGGGGAAGAGGUGCAGACAGUUUCCUCGCUCUCGCCUGCGCGUGACAGUUUUGAGAUCAAAGCCGGCGAGGCGCCCUUGCUUGCCCUUGCCAGGGCCUUCCUGCUUCCGGUUGUGCCUGGCUGCUCCAGUUGCAUAAUGUUGCCGCAGGCAGAUCAAAAACUGGGGCCCCUGGAGGUGGUGGACUUUCCUGGUCAUUUGCGCAUGAGAGGGAAAGCAAACGACAUGGUCAAGGAGGCACGAUGCAUCAUCUACUUGGUCGAUGCAGAAGACAAGCCUAAGCUGAAGGAUGUGGCAGAACACUUCUACGAGCUCUUCACUCACCCAGAUGUUCUGGAGCUCCACACUCCCAUUAUGGUGGCCUGCAACAAGAGCGAUCUGACAUCAGCUCGCACAGAGAAGUUUAUUGUCAGGGGCCUUGACCGAGUAGAGGAAAUCGAGCGCGAGAUAGAACAGAUGCGGGUCUCACGGGGCUACCUCGGCGUAGAUGGGGAGAAGUUCAAGCUCACGGAGCAUGCCCCAUGCCCAAUACAAACGUGCAGAAUCUCGGCGAAGAAGAACCAGCUUGAACCUCUGUACAACUUUCUUCUUGAGCAGUUUGCCUAG